AUGACAUCGAAUGAGAACUUAUCCUCCAAGGAGGGGAGCAUAGCUCCGUCUACCGCGUCAACUUCCACCAAGCAUUCACUCACCGCCGCGAAGGCAUUCAUCAUGCGAAAUAACAGACUUUACAUCAACCAGCCUUCGCUAUUGUAUCCUUUACCAGUCGACUUAGCAGAACUUCACCGUCAAUCUUUGCGCACACUGAUGCUAUUACAGCUUUUCGGCGGUCCGACCACAGCACCCGAGUUUUCCAAUAAGCCCCCACAGCGUGUCCUCGAAGUAGGGUGUGGCUCUGCGUUCUGGAGUAUGAUGUGCCAUCGAUACUUUGCGCAGCAUGGCCACUCGUCCAUAUCCUUUACCGGUCUCGAUAUCGCGCCUCUAGUAGGAAUGGGCCUCGACGGAGGUUGGAGACCAGACAAGGACAUGCGCUGGCGGUUCGUUCAACACGAUGUACGGCGGCGACCGUGGCCGUUUAUCGACGGCGAAUUCGACUUGAUUAUGGUUAAAGACAUGUCGCUCUCGCUUUCGACUUCCAUGCGCGACUCACAACAGCUCUUCGAAGAGUACUUGCGCGUGCUAAAGCCAGGUGGCGUGAUUGAAUUUUGGGAGAGUGAUCACGCCGUACGUAUGCUAAGACCACAUGUUCUUAGGGCUCCAGUUAGUAGCGAGGAAGAAGACGACGUAGAGAAAUUAGGAGCCUACAUCAUGACGAAUAACACGCCGCUUAGCGCACCGCUAAAUCCAUUCCUCGUCGAGUAUAACGGCUGGGCAAUCAAAGGCUUAGAUGCGCUGGGCUUGUCGGCGGUUCCUUGCGCGCUGAUCGGCGCGUAUCUCUUACAGGAAGUGGAUACCCUUAUGGAAUUGCGAUCGAAGAGGAUAGCGGUACCACUAAGCGAGAUCAGAUGGGAACGUGAAGGGGUCGGCGGUGUAGUGACAAAGGACGGCAAGAGCUAUAUCGACUCGAUGAAAAAGAAGGGCAGGUUAAUUGAUUCUCGAGCUGAUAAGCGGAAGGGGCUGACAACUAGCCAAGCUGCUCUCAGACGAACCGCGCUAGAGACGAUGGUAGGGUUGAUACUCUGCCUCGAGCCGAUCAUCCGAGAAGUUAGCGGGAAGAGCCAAGACGAAUGGGACGGAUGGUGCGGAAAGAUGAUGAACGAUCUACUACGCGAAGGCGGCACGAGUUGGGGAGAGUGUCUGGAAGUCGGAGCAUGGUGUGCCAGAAAGAAGCUAACUCCAACAUCAUAA